UGUCCUCCUCCGAAGAAGCGCACUCGCUGUCUGGAACAGGGUGCCGGCCGAUUCGCCCUCGAGCACCAACUGGUGCAAUGGGUCGUGUCUAAGAGCGCCCCAGUCUGCCAGCGUCAGGAGAUUCGCACCGAUCUGACUCCGAUCAACUGCCCACCAGAAGCACGUAUCGUUCUGCCGACAACCGAGGCUCAAGUCUCUCAGCUCUUGUCUGAGCGGCAUGCGGUGGUGCGCAGUGAGCUGACAAUCCGACACACGUCGCAGGGUUGUCGGUGUCUGAAGCAGGCGCCAGUGCUGAUGUAUCACGUCAUCAAAUGUCAAUCGCCCCAAACCCGUCGCUACUGUGACAGCUCCAAGCAAGUCCUUCGUAUUGUCAAGACCACUUUUAGCCCCGCCGCUGAUCGGUCCCGGUGCCUUCCACGCCGGCGCGAGUACACAUUCAGACCCAGCUGUCUGCUUGGCAGUCCCGUAAUGACGGGUCGUACUGAAUGUGACCUGAAGACGGGACAAUACUUCCGGCUGUUUUCUGAACAGCACUUGUCAGAAUGCAAGUGUGUCACCAGAAAGUGGCGUAAACCGGCUCGCUGUCUUUGUCCCAAGGAGACGGUGACUAAAAAGUGA